ACGGCGCACAAUCUUUGAUAUUGCACUAAGAUGUUACGAGUCGUUGUGCUGAGUGUUUUUAUUAUUGGAUGCUUCGGCACCGCCUUGAGGGGAUACCCUCCACUUCCGGAUACCCAUAUCGUCGGAGGAGUUGAGGCUGACAUACGUCAGCAUCCGUAUCAACUAAGCCUGCAAACCAGCGGGCACGUUUGCGGUGCCUCGAUCAUCAGCAGCGAAUGGGCCGUCACUGCUGCUCAUUGCGUCGGAUCAGUUGCCAGCCGUUACAGUCUUCGAGCUGGUAACAGUAAUAAAAAUCUUGGAACUCGUUACCUCAUUGACGCCAUAAUGAUACAUCCCAACUACAGCCGAGUAAUUAUCGACCACGACGUUGCGCUCUUGAAGGUCAGUGGUGGGUUCAGCUUCGGUCCAACUGUACAACCUGUCAAGUUAGCGGACGAGGAGGUUCCGGCUGAUACCAUGGUGAACGUAACCGGCUGGGGUGCACUCAGAGAAGGUGGAAUGACAUCGUCGCAACUCAUGAGGGUAUCUGUCCCCAUAGUAAGCAGAACAAAGUGCGAGGAAGCUUAUCAGGGACUGAAUACCAUAACCAGCCGUAUGAUAUGCGCUGGCUACACCGAAGGUGGAAAGGACUCUUGUCAAGGUGAUUCCGGAGGACCUUUAACAUCCAGCGGAACCCUUUACGGUAUCGUGUCCUGGGGCUAUGGAUGCGCUAAACCAGAAUACCCAGGUGUUUACACAAACGUGGCUAAUUUACGCUCUUGGAUUAAGGAAAUUAGUGGAGUGUAAUGCAGUAAAGUGGAAAAUGUAAUUGCUAUUUUAAUGUAUGCAUGAAAUCAGAGAUGUAAUUAAAACGUUAAUAUAUAAAUGUAGAAAUAAAAUGAUUGAUAUUUUGUAAAUUUA